AUGCGUCCCUCAUUGCGGUUGUUAAACCUGGAGGUAUCAUCCCUCCAGGGUUCUCGAUCCCUAUAUGUCUGCUCAAUUUGCAGACAAGAAACACGCCCCCGCCCCGUGCUCGCCCGGCAAUUCCUGCGCAAUGCCUCCAACGCAGCCCCAAUCACCGAACGAGUACGCCGCAAGAUCUGGGGUACGGACAACCCGCCCGGUCUGAAGGAUCCCUACGGAGGAGAAGGUGUUCUGGAACGGAAAUUCAGAAAAGACCAGCCGGCAACACAGGAGACGCAGACGGAGGGACUGCCCCAGCCUGUCGAAGCUGAGCUCGCGGGUGAGGACGAGAUCACUCCUAGCGCUUCGUACGAGCCUGCAACCGAUUUCCACGGACUGCCACGUGUUGGCCACCUGGGCGAGUGGUACAACCUUCCUCCUACUGAGGCUGAUGUGUUUGAUAAAUUUGCGCUGAAGAAGAGACUCACCAAGAAAGGCCAUGUGUCCCUAGCCGCCCACCAGGCCGCAGUCGAGAUCUGUCUGAUGCACGCCCUGAACAAGCCCUUGGUGAAGGUCUGCGAUGUCGCCGAGCACGAGCAGCCUGUUUUCAAAAUGAUCUGGAAGUGUAAAGUCAAGGCCGAUGCGAGCGGACAAUGGGGACAGGCUAUUGUCUACCCCAACAAGGAAGCUGAGGAAGCUCUCGUUUAUAUCUUCAAGCAGAUUGGCGGCGAGGCCGAGCCUGCCGUUGAGGAACAGGCAGCAGAGGAGGCUGAGGAGGCUGUUGAAGCCACGGAGUUCCAAGAGUACCCUGCCGAUGUGAAUGGCCCGGCUGCUGGAUUUUUCGGAUACCACGAUGUUCAGGACAAAGGAUUCCUGUCUCUGCCAUUGAACGACCCAGCUACGAGGUUUGCUUUCUUCAAGAGAUUCUCUCAACUGAGUGGCCACUACUUCCCGGACACUGUUGUUCAUUCGGCCGCCACUGUCCGCCAGGCUGUGGAAUACGUCCAGUCGGUUAAUAACCCCAAGCCCCAGAAGCUGGCAGAUCACUUGGCAAACAGCCCAAGUCUCCGGCACAUGUCUAAUGUCAAGCUCUUUGCAAAGAGGCAGACAGUGCGCGACCGAGACGAGGAGUUGGGACGGAAGAAGCUCAUCGAAGCCGAGCUUCGAGAUAGGGGGCUUAUCGAGUAG